AUGGUUGUGGUUGCCCGCACUGGCUGCAGGGCAGCUGUCUUCCUCUGGAUUUUCAGCAGCAUCAGUUGCAGAGCCAGGACUUCUCUGCCUGCUCAAAAGUGUGAUGAACCCCUGGUCUCAGCAUUACCCCACUCCUCCUUCAGCAGUUCAUCAUCAAUGACAAGCAGCUAUGUGCCCGGGUAUGCCAAGUUAAACAAGAGAGGAGGGGCUGAUGUUAUCAAUUUUGAUGGUCACGUAGUGUUACCAUACAGAUUCAGGAACAAGAAAAUGAAAACACUGAAAGAUGUCAUCUCUCUGAAAUUUAAGACCUCUGAAAGUGAAGGUGUAAUCUUCCACGGAGAAGGACAACAAGGAGACUAUAUCACCUUGGAACUCAAGAAAGCCAAGCUUUUUCUAAAUUUAAAUUUAGGUAGCAACCAGCUUGGCUCUAUUUAUGGCCACACAUCCGUGAUGACUGGCAGUCUCUUAGAUGACCACCAUUGGCACUCCAUUGUUAUAGAACGCCAUGGGAGAAACAUCAAUCUCACCCUGGAUAGACACAUUCAGCAUUUCAGAACUAAUGGAGAAUUUGACUAUCUGGACCUGGAUUAUGAGAUAACCUUUGGCGGCAUGCCUUUUUCUGGGAAGCCAAGUUCAAACAGCAGAAAAAAUUUCAAAGGCUGCAUGGAGAGCAUCAACUACAAUGGCAAUAAUAUCACUGACCUUGCUAGAAGGAAGAAACUGGAACCCUCUAAUGUGGGAAAUUUAAGUUUUUCUUGUGUGGAGCCACAUACAGUGCCUGUCUUUUUCAAUGCCACCAGUUACCUUGAAGUUCCUGGACGUCCAAGCCAGGAUUUGUUUUCACUCAGUUUUCUUUUCCGAACCUGGAACCCCAAUGGACUUCUUGUCUUCAGCAACUUUGCAGAUGGCCUGGGGAAUGUUGAGAUUGACAUUAAUGAAGGCAAGGUCAGCGUUCAUAUAAAUGUCACCCAAGUAAAGAAGAAUCAAAUAGACAUCUCAUCAGGCUCUGGUCUCAAUGAUGGGCAAUGGCAUGAAGUUCAAUUUCUAGCUAAAGAAAAUUUUGCAGUUCUCACCAUUGAUGGAGAUGAAGCUUCUGCUGUUCGAACAAACAGCCCUCUACAAGUUAAAACUGGAGAGAAAUAUUUAUUUGGAGGGUUUCCUCUACAGAUGAAUGACUCGGAUCACUCUCUAUUUCACCAUUCAUUUCAAGGAUGCAUGCAGUUUAUUCAUGUGGAUGAUCAGCUGGUGGAUUUGCAAGCAGUAGAGCAAGGCCAGCUGGGAAGCUUUGCCAAUGUCAGCAUUGACAUGUGUGCCAUUAUUGACAGGUGUGUGCCCAAUCACUGUGAACACGAUGGCAAAUGCACCCAGACGUGGGACAGCUUCAAGUGUACUUGUGAUGGAACUGGGUACAGCGGGACGACUUGUCACAACUCUAUUUAUGAGCUCUCUUGUGAAGCAUACAAACACUUGGGCAAAACUUCAAAUUACUACUGGAUAGAUCCAGAUGGAAGUGGAGCACUGGGACCUUUGAAAGUUUACUGCAACAUGACAGAGGAUAAAGUAUGGACAACUGUGUAUCAUGAUCUGCAAAUGCAGACAUCUGUUGGAGGCAACAGUCUAGAAAAAGUAUCUGUGCUGCAGCUAAAUUACAGUGCAACGAUGGACCAGAUUUCUGCCAUUACCAGUAGUGCUGAAUACUGUGAGCAGUUUAUCUCAUAUUCUUGCAAGAUGUCCCGGCUGCUGAACACACCAGAAGGGAAUCCGUAUACGUGGUGGGUUGGAAAAGCCAAUGAGAAGCAUUACUAUUGGGGUGGAUCAGGACCUGGUAUUCAGAAAUGUGCCUGUGGAAUUGAACGCAACUGUACUGAUCCCAAGUACUACUGCAACUGUGAUGCUGAUUAUAAACAAUGGAGAAAAGACACUGGGAUGCUGUCAUACAAAGAGCACCUACCAGUGAGUCAAGUAGUGGUUGGAGACAUUGACCGGCCUGGGUCUGAAGCAAAGAUAUCUGUGGGUCCUGUGCGUUGCCAAGGAGAUCGGAACUACUGGAAUGCAGCCUCCUUCAUCACAUCAUCAUCCUACCUUCAUUUCUCCACCUUUCAAGGGGAAACCAGUGCAGAUAUCUCUUUCUAUUUCAAAACAUCAGCCUCAGAUGGAGUAUUUCUUGAGAAUCUGGGAAAUACUGACUUCAUCAAACUAGAGCUGAAAUCUGCUACAGAGGUUUCAUUUUCAUUUGAUGUUGGAAACGGACCUGUGGAAAUAAUCGUCCGGUCUCCCAGCCAGCUGAAUGAUGACCAGUGGCAUCGGGUCAGGGCAGAGAGGAACGUCAAACAGGCCAGCCUGCAGGUAGAUCAGUUGCCUCCAGAAGUCCGGAAAGCGCCGACAGAAGGACACACACGACUGGAAUUGUACAGCCAGCUCUAUGUAGGUGCCGCAGGCGGCCAGCAGGGCUUCCUAGGUUGCAUUCGCUCAUUAAGGAUGAAUGGGGUAACACUGGACUUGGAAGAGAGAGCAAAAGUCACUCUAGGGGUGAAGCCUGGCUGCUCUGGCCACUGCACAAGCUAUGGAAUGUACUGCGCCAACGGAGGAAAGUGUGUUGAGAAAUACAAUGGCUACUCCUGUGACUGCUCCAAAACAGCGUAUGAUGGACCAUUUUGCAUUAAAGAUGUGGGAGCAUUUUUUGAAGAAGGAAUGUGGCUUCGUUACAACUUCCAUUCCCCAGGGACUAGCAUGAAGGAUUUAGUUAGCCGAACACUGUUGAGUUCUACAGAUCCUGAGAUUAUAGCGACCAGCAAUAACUUGAAUAAAGAAGAACUCAGCUUCAGCUUCAGUACCACCAAGUCCCCUUGUGUCCUUUUGUAUAUCAGUUCCUAUACCCAGGACUUCAUGGCAGUGCUUGUCAAGCCAUCCGGGAAUCUGCAAAUUCGGUACAGCCUAGGAGGUACCAAGGAGCCAUAUAACAUUGACGUUGACCACAGAAACAUGGCGAACGGACAGCCCCACACUGUUAACAUCACGCGGGAUGAACGGGACAUCGUUCUGCAGAUUGAUCACUACCCUCCAGCAACUUACAGCCUGCCAGCAGCAUCUGACAUUCAGUUCAAUUCCCCAAAAGCACUCUUCCUAGGAAAAGUCAUAGAAAUUGGGAAGAUCGACCAAGAUAUCUAUAAAUAUAACACACCAGGAUUCACUGGUUGCCUAUCAAGAGUACAGUUCAACCAGAUUGCUCCCCUCAAAGCAGCUUUGAGAUCUACCAAUACCUCCUCUCACGUUCACAUUCAAGGAGAACUGGUGGAAUCCAACUGUGGAGCAUCGCCACUGACAAUCCCACCAAUGUCGGCUGCAACUGACCCGUGGCACUUAGAUUCAGCCAGUGCUGAUUUCCCAUACAAUGGUCAAGCCAUAGGAGAUGGAGUUAACAGAAACUCUGCUAUUAUUGGAGGCGUCAUCGCUGUGGUGAUCUUCACCAUCCUCUGCACGUUGGUGUUCCUGAUCCGCUACAUGUUUCGCCACAAGGGAACCUACCACACCAAUGAGGCCAAGGGGGCAGAGUCAGCUGAAAGUGCCGAUGCCGCCAUCAUGAACAAUGACCCGAACUUCACAGAGACCAUCGACGAGAGCAAGAAGGAAUGGCUUAUCUAAGCCCAUAGAGAGGGAGCUUGGGAAGGGAUACAAGCUGGGCCAGGUUGGGACUGGAAUGACUCUUGCAGUGGGGAGAGAACAUUCUGCAUUGGAAACUUGAGCACACAUAUGGUAAAAAGAUCAGCACAACUAGAGGAGCAAGUGACAGGAAAAAUCACUGAGACUGGAGGAGAAAAAUAUCACAAGCAUUUAAGAAAAAUACUUCUAAACAUUAAUUACAGUGAAUCAGUGAAUUGCCCUUCUGUAUUCGAACAACUGUAACAAAGAACAGUUUUGCAGCUUCAGCAUUGGUUAAAAUUUUCAGUAAUAACUAUCUUUUUGUGUAUGUGUUUAGAGGUAUUCUAAAGAACAAGAA